AAAAGUUUUAAUAAUCGUAGUUUCUUUGUAUAUUAGGAUAUUGAAGAAUAAUGUAUUCAAUAAGUAUUGAAGUACCUUGUCAUCGUGGUAAACAUUGCAGCAGAAAAACAUGUUUUCCAGAAAUUCAAAGAUUUUAUGUCAUUUGUUGAGAAAUGCAAUAAGAAAACCUGAUAAGUCACACAGCCAUUACAAGCCAAUAUUUAGGGCUAUUGGAUGUUCGAGUUACAGAAGAACCAAUAAACUUUUUACCACAUUAUUUGGGUAUAAAGUUGCAGCCCCUGCAUUUUCGAUUUGCACCAUUGGGACAGUGUACUGUUUAUCUUCUAAACACAACCAUGACAGAUUACUUGACGCUGCCAGACGAAAUGACACAACAGAUCUUUUAAGGCUCAUAAAAUCUGGAGUAGAUGUAAAUAAAAAACAUCCCUUAGGUUGGACAGCAUUACACGUUGCAGUCAUCAACAGGAACCAUGAGGCAGUGAAGGUUCUCUUGGAUGCUGGGGCUGACCCAAACAUAGGAGAUGAUUUUACCAGUGUUUACCAAAUGGCACGUGAUAGGGGAAUGAACUCAUUGCAUGUUCUAAUGACAAGAGAAGAUGAGUUUAGUGACAGAUUAAACAACAGGUCCAGUUUUAAAGGUUGCACAGCACUUCACUAUGCAGUACUAGCUGAUGACCUGCUCAUUGUCAAGUUACUACUAGAUGCAGGUUGUGACCCUGGACUGGAAAAUGAGAGUGGCCAUGUUGCCUCAGCUUAUGCUAGGAACCCUCUGAUAAAGGAACGUUUAGUUGAUGGGGAGAAAAAGGCUGCAGAGCGUAGGAAGGAGAAAGAAGCAGAAGAAAGAAGAAAAUAUCCACUAGAGCUGAGAAUUAAAGAACAUAUCAUUGGCCAGGAGAACGCUAUACUCACUGUCUGUUCAGCUAUCAGACGUAAGGAGAAUGGUUGGUACGAUGAAGAACAUCCCCUUGUGUUUCUGUUCCUUGGCUCCUCUGGUAUUGGAAAGACAGAGCUUGCGAAACAAGUGGCCAGAUACCUACAUAAGGAUGACAAAAAGGGCUUUAUCCGUAUGGACAUGUCAGAGUUCCAAGAAAGGCAUGAAGUUGCUAAAUUCAUAGGUUCACCACCAGGCUAUGUUGGUCAUGAAGAAGGUGGUCAGCUGACUACUAAGUUGAAGAAGAAACCAAAUGCUGUUGUUCUGUUUGAUGAGGUUGACAAAGCUCACCCUGAUGUACUGACUAUUAUGCUGCAAUUGUUUGAUGAGGGCAGACUGACAGAUGGAAAAGGCAAGACCAUAGAGUGUAAAGAUGCUAUAUUUAUAAUGACCUCAAAUCUUGCCAGUGAUGAGAUCGCCCAACAUGGAUUACAGCUGAGAAAAGAAGCUGAUGAGAUAAGACUAAACAGAGCUGUUGAAAGUAAAGAGGAUGAAAGUGUCAGUGAAAGGGUGACCGUCAGUAAACGUUUUAAAGAUCAAGUUGUACGACCAAUCCUCAAGAGACACUUUAGACGAGAUGAAUUCCUGGGAAGGAUAAAUGAAAUGGUUUACUUUCUCCCCUUCUCACAACAAGAACUCUGCAAGUUGGUCACUAAAGAACUGAAGUUCUGGGCUAAAAAGGCACAGGAGAAGCAUGAGAUAGAUCUGCAAUGGGACUAUGAUGUUGUUCAAGUUCUCACCCAAGGAUAUGAUGUCCACUAUGGAGCCAGGUCUAUCAAACAUGAGGUUGAACGUCGUGUAGUAAGCCAGCUUGCCUCAGCUCAUGAACGUAAACUUAUUCACAAAGGCUGCAACCUCAGACUCACUGUACAGCCAGCAGAUGGUGCCACUAACAUUGAAAGCAACAAUAAUGCUAUAUUAAAACUUCAAAUUGAGAACAAAGACAAAUCUAAGAGUUUUGUUGAUAUCCCAUAUAACUCUGCUGGCUUUGAUACACAGGAAACUGGAUUUUCAUUUUGAAGAAACUAUAAUAUAUAUUAUUUAUCUACAAAUCAGCCAACAUAUUGAAGACUGGGAGUGCAGUGAAUAUUUAAUGUAUACAACUUCUCUUUACAGAGCCGAGCCUUUAAAAUCUAACAAAAUCAUGCAGUUUUUCACCA